AUGGAAUCCGCAGUGGAGAGAAAAAUGAUUGGAGAGCCUGAGGAUUCCGUUAGAUCGAGGAUCGUUGAGUUGGUUUUUCCAAAAGAGUGUAAUAUUUGUGCCGUUUCUUCAAAUUUUCAGGAAACUUCUAGCGAGUUUGAAAGCUUUAUAAAUUUUAUAAAGCUGAUUUUUGUUGUGAAUGUGAAGUGCAAGCAGUUCAACGGUACUGUUUUGCUUCUGACUGCGGAUUACCAUGCGAUUCUAAUUUACGCCCGAGACGAAAGAGCGGUCUUUUAUGAUUUGGAUAGUUGUCUUCCAUUUCCUAUCCACUUUCGGAAGUAUGCAAAGGAAACAUUUAGAUCAGACGAAGCUCUUUGUCUUGAAUAUCACAGAAGGUUCAGGUUAGUUCCUGCAAGUGCAUAUUUACAACAUUUUGCAUCGAACAGGCAACAUAUGAAACGUGAGAAUGGGACGUGGAUUAAACCUCCUCCCGCGCAUCCUCCUAUUUCUAUUCCCAACUGCAAAGACAACUUAGAUACGUUUAUCAAAAUGAAUCAAGGAUCUGGAUAUGGAGAAGUAAUAAGUCUGGAUCAACUAGUGAAUCGGUUCUGCAGAUUAAACACCAAUGCAACAGCACCUCAACAACCUCAAGCACAAGCAACGCAAACUUAAAUAAAUUGCAAAAUUGAUUUACGAGGGUUAGUAAUCUUGAAAGCGUUACUCUAAAUGGCUGCAACCUUAGGAAAUUGUGCAAUUUCAUGUCUUUAAGAAGCAAACUUGAAAAGGUCACGUGGGUUUGUAACGAUUAUUUGCCGAAGUGAACUGCUUUAAAACUCACAGCUACUGAAGAUCUAGAUUUUGGCCUAGGCACAUGAAAUCCAUUAUGCUG